CAAGUACAUUGACAAGGACAGAGAAAUAGAAGGACCGACCCGAACGACWUUUUUGCGCCAUGGACUUCUCCAGCCCCACGCGAGCCCUGGAGUCCAUUCCUCGGCGCCGGCCGGCACUGCCCGACGACAUUCUGAACGCCGCACGAAUCCUCAUUGCCGCAAACGACGGCGAUUCUUGCGGGGCGAAAGACGAAGCAAAAUCAGAAGCCGAAGCAACURCCGAAGAAAAAGCAGAAGCAUGCCUGGAACAGAUCACCCUCCUGAUCCGGACGGACCACGACCGGUGGGAGGGCCUCGCCGUGGGCCUCCUCCUGGGAACGGAAAUCCUGGCCCAUUCCGCGGAAGAAGCAGCCCGAAGCGGGCGGGGGGAGGUCUACAUCGACGGACCCCGCGUCCCCGCCGAGGAAAAGACCGGCGCUACCGGGGGGUCCGGGACCACUCUGACCACGAGGAGCUACGGGACGAGGAAGGUCUCCCUGCUGGCCACCACGCUGUACGAGGCAACCCUCCGGCACCUCGAGCACUCCGAGCCGCGGAUCCGCACCUUCGUGGCCAGGGCCGUUGGGGCCCACGCCACCUGGAGCGUCGGCAUCGGCAUCGGCAUCGGCAACGGCAACGGCGUCGGCAACGGCGUCGGUGAGAGCAAACACGAACACGAACACGAACACGAGAACGAGAACGAGCUCUGCCGGACCCACAAAGAAGAGCGCGACGCGAUCCACGAGCAGAUCAUGCGGUCCGUGAACRAGCACAUCCGGCAGGGCCGGGACGACCCAGAAAAGUACAGCAAGUCUUCCACGGGGGCCCUCGACGACACCACCGGGUGGCGUGCCCUCGAAACCAACUGGCAGUGCCUCGCCUGCUGGAUCGCCAGCCUCGGACCGGGGUACUACGACCACCUGGCGGCGUGCGAGAACGCCGGUGGCAGCGAAACCAAAGGCAAAGGCAARGGCAAGGGCGAAGGUGGCAGCGAAAYCAGYGAAAUGGACCUGCUCCUGCAAAACCUCGAGUACUCGGCCGUCACCCACGUCAACCGCCACGUCCGGGCGGCCGCCAUUGCCGUUCUGGAGCAGCUCAUCGUGGCCGCGGGCAGCGAGGCUUCCUGCUGGCACCACCUCGAAUCCGGCGGCCUCCGGGCGACGACCGUCCGGAUCCUCAGGGCCGGCCUGGCCGACAACUGGUCGCAGGUGCGGAUGGCGGCCUCGGUGCUCAACCGGGUCUUCUGGACCACCCUCCAGGAAACCUGCCGUUUUCCGCCGGAAAACCUCGAGAAACUCUACCCGGUACUGGUUCCCCGCAUGUGCCUCAACCGCUUCUACCUGGCGCAGGGCGUCAAGCUCUACUCCCACCAGACCUGGAAGCUCGUCUUUCCCGAGAACGGCGUGCGGGUGGUGGCGAGGAGCAUCGCGCCCGUCGUCCGCUACUACGUCAAGAUGUGCGACGCCGACAACCACGUGGUCCGGGAGGGUGCCUGCCAGGCCGUCGCCGAGCUGGCGGUGCGGAUCGGGGGCGACGGGGAGCACCAUUCCUGCCUCCAGCCCCACGUUCCCGUCCUGCUGCAGGCCCUCCUCAUGUGCUUCCACGACGAGUCCUGGCCGGUCCGGGACGAGGCCUGCCUGGCCUGCGGCAUCUUCUGCCGGGCCUACCCCCAGGACUGCCUCCCCGAGCUACCGACCCUGUGGACGCGCUGGACCGAGCAGCUGACGGACCAGAUCUGGAGCGUCCGGGCCGACGCGGCCGUGGCRCUGGGGCAGGCCUGCCAGGCCUACGGGGAGGACUUCUCCGACCGGCUACUGGCGUUCGUCCGGGACAACCUCCCCGCGGCCCGGGACCAGCCCAGGAUGACCCUCGAGGAGUACAAGGCCUGGCAGAACGACGUCGAGGCCCACACCGAGAACCAGCUCUACAGCUGCGGGUCCCUCGCGCCCAAGCUCGGCAAAAAGGCCGGCGCCGGCCGCAUCGGAUGCUCCAGCUGCGCGAUCAACCGGCCGAAGCAGCCCUGGGAGGCCACGGACGGCUGCGUCUACCUGCUCCGGGAGCUCGUCGAGACCCGGAGCGGGCCCGACUCGGUCCUCCMRCCCCUGGCCGACGACGUCCUCCUCCCGCUGCUCACCGAGGUCGCCGACGUCUGCCGGGUCUCCCACUUCCCGCAGAGCGACGACCUCCGGGCCACCCUCUGGCGCCAGCUCCCGGGGAUGAUGCACGCCGUCGGAAAGACCCGCUGCAAGCGCCUCUACCUGGACCUCUUCCUGGACCUCCUGAUGKCCAACCUCGGGUCGAAGACGGCCUCGGCCCUUUCCAUCCACGCGGCCGGSGCCUGCGCCUCCGAGCUGAGCCAGCUGGUGGGGCACGGCAUCUUCCGGGGCCGGCUGGCAGACGACUUCCAGAGGGAGGCCCUCGACCGGGCGCUCUSGGAGCGGGAGGAAGAGAACCGAUCUCCCAUGGCCCGGGCCCUGCAGCAGCACCAGCAGCAGCAGGGCGCCGCCUUCUCGCCCUUUGAGCCCCCCGGCCUCCUGGAUACCCCGUACACCCAGAAAAUGCAGCCCGGCCUGCCCGAGGGAUUCGUGCACCCGCUGCGGGAGCAGGACCGCGGGGGAAGGACCUUCCACCCCGGCACCGGGGGCUUUGCCAGCGUGUGACAGGGCCGUGUCGUGUCGUGUCGUGUCGUGUCGUGUCGUGUCGUGUCGUGUCGUGUCGUGUCGUGUGGCGAGGCUUCUCGCCGGGGCCCGCCACCGAUCCACGAACCCAAGCCGCGGGCACCAACGGGGGGAAGGGGGGGGGGCACUCUCGACUCGAUGGACGCACGGCACGGACCAAACCGUGCAUCGUGGCACAGCAAUAGGAAAGGAAAAAAGAAAACACCCUCCCACACACUCGGUGCGGCCGAAACCCGCCUCUGAAUGCCAUCGUCCGUGGCGGAUCGGUGUAGUAGAACGAAACGCAGCAUUCCAAACGGGUGCGAAGGGUUUCAUAAAAUUACUGUAGAGAA